UAAGAACAAUAGUGGGGAUGGGAUGGAAAGAAAUGCAUCCUUUCACUCUCCUUUGGGAGGGGUUUCUCAUACAUCGGAAGAGAUGAGGCAACAGACUCCUUCAGUCUCCCAUCGCCAGUCAGUGUUCAGGAGUCUGGCUACGGCUGCAGCUUCUGCAGAGUGACCUGUAGUGAGUGAGAUCUGUUUGUUGGUAGAAAAAGAAUAUUAAAUAACAACAGGAUGGGGAGGUCAACCACCAUCAUGAAGUCCCUUGUUUUUAUUUUAGGAUUUCUUGUGGUUUGCGUGGUCGCACAGAAACGUCCUCCGAACUACAGUCUGGAUGACAUGCCAGAGACAAACUUCAAUUGCCAGGACAAGAUUCUUGGGGGCUACUAUGCAGACCACGAGACAGACUGCCAGAUGUUCCAUGUCUGCGUGAAGGUGCCAGGUCUGGGGGUGCAAGAUUACCGGUUCCUGUGUCCAAACGACACAUCUUUUGACCAAGAGAACCAGAUCUGUGCUAACUGGUUCGACAUUGACUGUGAAGCAGCAGCACUGUAUUACAGUGAUAACUUUGACCUGUACCGCAUUGGCUAUAAUCCCAGCAGUCCAAGUUUGGGUACCAGUAAUGCCACUCCAAUUCCUUUGGGACCUUCAAGCAUAAGGCCCCCUGUCAAGGCUCCUGCAGCGUCCAAACCCCGUCCCCGCUACAAGAACCGUCCAUCAGACGAAGAAGAGGACUACUUCCUACAGAGGAGUGAGACCGGUGACAGUCGACUACAGCAAAAAGACUUACUGAGAGGGAGCAGUAGUAGCAAUUUCUUCAACCCCAGCAAGGGCAAAGAGGAUGAAGACGAAGAUGAGACUUACAGGGAUCACAAGGAGAAUAAUUCGUUCAAUGGAAACACCUACAGACGUCCAUCUAAUGGGAACAAGAAGAAAGUAGCUGUAAGGAAGCUUGUCAAGCGUCCAAACAACAACGGCUUUGCACAAGACGGAGAUAAUUACCCAACCCCAAGACCUACAACAGUUUCAUCUUCAACUUUUAGCCAAAACAAUCGUGGUUCAAACAAUUAUGAUAAUUACAACUACAACAAUAACCAGCGUAACAGUUUUGGAAAUCAGCAGCAACAAAAUUACAACACAGGCAACUACCAGAGUCCAGGUCCAUUCACUACGAGUAAUUACAAAGCUCCAACAACGGAAAGAAGUACCAGUGCUGUGAACAAUGACAGAACUCCAAGGACAGGAAACAGUUACUAUCAACCACGUUAUAACACAAUUCAGCGAAAUAAUGCCCAGAGUAGUACAACCUCACAACCAUUAGCUACAAACAGCGCAGCUACCAAUAAUUACAACUACCAGCAACAAUCAGAAAGCAAUGCUAAUAACCAAGGAAAUAACUACAAUGCUGCCAACUACUAUAGUACAUUCUCUGCACAGAAAUCAACAACACCGAAGCCCAUACAAUACUCAACAAUUGAAACAACAGCAGAAAAUUACUACAACAAUUAUCAGUCACAACCAAGAAGUACAAACACACAAAGAUACAACACUAAAAGUAGUGGAGCCAAUACUGAUAAUUACCCAACAACAGCCAACACUCCAGUAAACUUAAAUAAUAAUUAUAAUUUUGCCAACUAUAAUACUAAUGGCCAAAGGUCUCAGACAACAAAUGAUUAUAAAAAGAGUACUGUUAAUAAUUAUUAUACUACAACUUCUUCACCUUCUACCUAUGAUUCAUAUAACAGUGACAACAAUCACAAAAGAUUUGGUAACAGCUACAACCAGAGAAGCACAGAUUACUCAAACACAAAAUCUACUGUAGGUUUCAUAUCUACAACAUUGGCCCCAGCUUCAAGUGCACAGGCAUAUAACAAUUAUCAAAGUUCAAAUGAUGAUGAAUAUAACAACUACAAUUACCAGCGAACUAACCAGAACUAUGGCCAUAACAAAGCAAAUGCAGAUGAGUUCGAUACGGCUGAUGAAAAAACUGAUGAAUUUUUGAAAACAGCACCAAGCAAUAACUACAGACCUAGCAGUUUCAAUACAUUCCAAAACAACUAUAAUACCAACAGCAAGAGCACAACAUCUGUGACAAAUAACUACAACUACACAUCAGCCACUGCUUCAGACAACAGAUCCUCACAGAAUUACAACAGUAACUACUACAACAUCAACACCACUCCAAAAUCUACAUCCUUUACCAGCUCAGACACAUAUUCUUCAGACAAACAGUCCUCAGCUGGUAGCAGCAAGUAUUAUUCACAAACUACAGUUGUUCCAUCUGGGUCAUUUAGGGCUGCAGAAACAUAUCCAACAACGAGACGGCCACAAACAACAGCGUCUCAAAACUAUCCAAAACAGACAAUCACACCAUCUUCAGGCAGAGAGCCUGUAAGUACAACGAAAUACCAGCAACAGAGAAACAACUAUAAUGUUUAUUCUGUGAGUUCAACAACUGUGAGAACAUCUGAAUACGACAAUGCUGCUGCCAAUGAUGACACGAAAAAAACUGUAACAACUGGAUCUAAAUCUGGAUCCAAAACCUCAGAUGUAUCCUAUGAUUAUGCAUAUUAUGAUGACGGUAACACGGAAUAUGAGGGACUGGACCCUGUAAGUGACCAUCAUUUCGGCAAAGGAGGGGAAUCACUUAAAGUAGCAAGGUCAACCAAAUAAUGAAAAUUAAGGCAUUACAUCAUGGAAUAAAUACAACAUAAUAUUCAGCAAUGAGUGUAAGAAAUUACCUGCAUUGGUGCAAACCUAACAUGAUAUAAUUAUACUACAACUAGCUUCAGCAGUCGAUAUGAUAUGGAAAGUUUUACACCAUACUACUGAGAAUAUUUUGAAGUAACUGGAAAUAGUUAACAUUACACAUUCCAUAUCUCCAGUUUUAAAAAUUCAGUGUUGAAAAGUGCUCCAGUAACAUUCUGGAUGUUACUGAAUACUACAUACUUUCAUCUUCAUAUGUGGGGUGGAAGGAGUAGAAAAAUCUAAAAUAUUUCACUAAUAGUGAAAUUGAAUGUACAAAUAACAUUUAAAACAGCCUUUCUGAAACUGAGGUAUCAGUGCCCCCAGGGGUAACAGAGAAUCUUUAUAAAGGACAUAAUAUUCAGUAUACCCAUUGAAAACUGGUCUCUGGGUUUUUAUUUUAAUUUCAGACUGAUUUAGAAUAAAUUUGUACAUAUGACAGAUAUGGAACUGAUCAUUGUUCAUUUAUAUUAAAAGAACAUGAAAAAUUAAACUGUGCAAUUUCCAAGUCUUUUUUGCACGGGGACCAGACAUUUGUAUAACUUUCCGGGGUACCAACCACGAAGUUUGACGUUGAUUAAUGAGGAGAAUUAUACUUCUGAUUCAAUCUGAAUGCAGUAGAUGUACAUAUCCUGUGUCAUCAAAAUACGUUUCUUGUAUAGGUGAGGAAAAUAUUCAUUUGCAGCAGACAAGCAUAAAGCUGACUGCUGCAUCAGAGGACAAUCUGUUAUGAUGGCAAAUUUAUUCUUGGUUUAUAUUUUUUCUUGUUCAUGUGAUAAAAUUAUCUUUUUAAUAAGAAUGCCAAACCCAAACAUGUGUAUCAAA